AUGGCUAUCAACACGGAUGCCGCGUUUGGUAAAAGCGCACUGGGGGAGAGGGAAGUCUCACAUCCCAUCAACUUCCAAGACACAGAGAAACUCCUGAGCGCCGUGACCACCGAACCCACCGGGGAAAGCAACCUCAAACCGUGCGACACCUCUCUCAACUUGAGAAGCAGCAUCCGUUCCCUGAAUGCCGAGCAGAAUGGACACCAAAAGCCAUUAAGGUCAGGCACUGUGGGGCACCUCUGUGCCGCGCCCGUGUCCCCGUCCCAGCUAAGCUUCGGACCCCCCUUCCUCCUCUCCCUGGUGCCACCCGGUUCAGAGCCGCCAAGCUACCUGUGGCUUGCGAUAUUGUCGUGCUUUUGUCCUGCUAUGCCGGUGAACAUGUUCGCGCUGUGGUAUGCUUACAUGGGCCAGCCUUAG